AUGCUCUGUACCAUGGACAAGAAGGCAGUGCACUUCGGCGCUGGGAACAUUGGCCGAGGCUUUGUGGCCUGCUUCCUGCACAAUUCGGGCUACGAAGUCGUGUUCGCAGAUAUCGCCGACAGGCUGGUCGACCAGCUUAACACUAAGAAAUCAUACAAAGUCAUCGAAGUUAGCAGCGAGGGGACCAGGGAAACGGUCAUAACUAAUUACAGAGCAAUCAACCUAAGAACGCACGAGAACGAUCUGAUCCGGGAGAUUAUGUCUGCUGAUGUCGUUACCUGCGCGGUCGGUAGGGACAAUCUCAGGUUUAUCGCGCCAAUUAUCGCCCGAGCUAUUAGUAUGCGGCCUAGCGACAAGAUCCCGUUGGCCAUCAUCGCUUGUGAAAACGCCAUUGGUGCCACUGAUGCCUUGGCGGCAAACAUUGGGCAUCCAGUCACUACAAAGGAACAUAGACUCGACGACCACUACAAGAGAGCAAGAUACGCAAACUGCGUCAUCGAUCGAAUCGUUCCAACUCAGCAUCCGGACGCAGAGCUCGAUGUCAAACUGGAGGAGUUCUACGAAUGGGUUAUAGAUCGGAAGCCCUUUGCAGAUGACGCUGUUCCAAUGAUCAGGGGUGUCAGAUGGGUUGACGACGUGCAGCUGUAUGCCGAGCGGAAGCUGUACACAGUCAAUACCGGACAUGCAGCAGCAGCCUACUAUGGCUAUAACCGCAACAAGGGAUUUGUUCAUAAUGCGUUGCAAGACCUCUUUAUUCUCGGUCAGGUAAAGAAGGUGCUUAGCAAUACGAGCACUCUUAUCGUUGACAAGUACGGUAUCUCUAAGCAGGAUCAGGAGGAGUAUGUCAGGAAAGUCAUUAUACGAAUCAGCAAUCCUCAUCUCGAGGACACCGUGGAGAGGGUUGGCCGCGCGCCUCUACGGAAGUUGGGUCGCACGGAGAGAUUUAUCAGGCCAGCGUCUGAAUUAGUCGAGAAAGGCUAUGACUGCUCGGCGCUGCUCGAUGCGGUUGAAAUGGCGCUCCGAUUCCAAAAUGUGGAGGGAGAUGAACAGAGCAAGGAACUGGCCCGGAUCAUUGCUAGCCAGACACCAGAGACAGUAGUGGCCAGUGUCUGUGGCUUACAGCCAAGUGAGAAGCUGUAUCCUCGGGUUUUGGAGAUUGUCAAAAGGGUUCAAGCGGACAGAUUGAUGGCAUAG